AUGUGGGGAUACUUCUUUGGAACGCCCAAACAGCAGAAAGAACUGCCCAAAAAGGCUAUCGUCGACCUCAGGGAACACAUACAGCUCUUGAACAAGAAACAGGCCCAUUUGCAGACCCAGAUAGACCAGCAACAACAGCUCGCCAAAAGAUCCCUCACCCAGGGCAACAAGAACAAUGCAAAGACGUACUUGAAAAAGAAGAAACUGUACGAGUCCCAGCUCGACAAGUUGCAGUCCCAGAUUGACUCGCUCGAACAGCAGCUCUACUCGAUAGAAAACGCAAAUUUGAACCUGGAAACCCUAAAGGCAAUGAAGCAAGGUGCGUCAGCGAUGAAGAACAUCCACAAGGGGCUCGACCUCGACAAGGUGGACGACACGAUGGACGAGAUUCGCGAACAGGUGGAGUUGAACCAGGAAAUCAGCGAGGCCAUCUCGAAGCCUUUGAUUAUGCAGGACGAACUCGACGAGGACGAGUUGGAUCAGGAAUUGGAGCUGUUGGAAUCGGAGCAGCAGCAGCAGCAGCAGGCGCAGGCGCAGUCUCUGGGACAGGCAGCGGCAGCAGUAGGAGCUCCAGCUCCAGCCCAUGCAGUGUCGCAACCAUCUAUAGACUUGCCGUCGGUACCCAACGUCAAGCUUUCUGGCCCCGAAAAGGCAUCCGGACAGGCCGAGGCAGAGGCCCAAGAGGACGAGGAAGAAGACGAAGACGAACGUGCAUUGAGGGAGUUGCAAGCCGAAAUGGGCUUGUGA